ACACUGAAUCUCUCUCUCUCUCUCUCUCUCUCUCUCUCUCUCUCUCUCUCUCUCUCUCUCUCUCUAUAUAUAUAUAUAUAUAUAUAUAUAUAGAUACUGGGUUCUGUCGGUGGGGAGUCACUAUCCAAGGCACCACAAAGAGGGACAGAAGAAACAUUGAGGACGACGCAACCAAGCUUCCCUCAAGAUGCGGACCAAGGUGAUGGCCGGCCUGUGCGUGGCGCUGGUGGUGAUGUGCCUGUACAUGCCCCAGCCGUGCGAGGCUCAGUAUGAAGCUCUGGUAGCUUCCAUUCUUGGAAAGCUGUCUGGACUGUGGCACAGCGACACAGUGGACUUCAUGGGACACACCUGCCACAUCCGCCGCAGGCCGAAGUUCAGGAAAUUUAAGCUGUACCACGAGGGCAAGUUUUGGUGUCCUGGCUGGACACAUCUCGAGGGCAAUUCGAGGACCAAGAGCAGGUCGGGGUCAGCCAGGGACGCCAUCAAGGACUUCGUGUACAAAGCUUUACAAAACAAACUCAUCACGGAGAAUAACGCGGCCGCCUGGCUGAAGGGGUGAGGCAAGUGAUGCACACUCUCAUGUACGAGGAGGACGAGCGGCAGGAGGGUGAAAACAACGAGGAAGUGACUCGUGUCUGACCUGUAAUGGAUGUUUUUGAUUUCCAUUUAUAUAACUACUACUACUACUGUAUUAUUACUGAUUAAAAAAAGAAAAAUGAA